AUGGCAGCCGUGUACACCGACGAGCACCCCGCCAGCGUCCCCGACAUGCAGCAGAAAGUAAUCCACGAGCCCGGCACGUCGGCCAUCUCCAAGAACAUCCCGCUCUCGGAGGUGAAUCGCCACUGCACACCCGAGAACUGCUGGGUGGCGCUCAAUGGCAAGGUCUACGACCUGUCGGAGUUCAUGGACCGGCAUCCCGGUGGCCCCACGACCAUCCUGGCCUGGGCGGGGAAGGACGCCUCGAAGUUCUUCAAUGACAUCCACAAGGGCGUCAAGAUCGACACCUACUUGCGGCCCGAGGCCUUCCUGGGCGACCUGGGCGUCGACGAGAACCUCAUGUCCGACGAGUUCUGGCACACGCUGCGCGAGGCCCGCAUCGUCGAGAUCCGGCAGGAGGUUGACCGUCUGCUCAACCAGUGCACCGAGACCCACAAGGCCGACAGCAUCCCGCGUCUCCUCCAGGACAAGAACGUAGACCCGGCGCUGAAGACCAAGCUCCAGCGUUUGGAGACGCAGAAGCGGGCCGCCUUGGAUGCGGAGGACUUCGCCAAGGCUGCCGAGGUCAAGAGAGCCAUGGAGGAUCUGCUGUCGCACGAGGACCACGCACACAAGCACGGCGUGCCACUGGGCUUCUCGAGCAGCGACAUCCCCCUGUCGGAGGUGGCGCGACACAACAAGCCGCACGACUGCUGGAUCGCCAUCAGCGGCGAGGUCUACGACCUCACCGACUUCCUGCAGCACCACCCCGAGCAGCGCAACUCCAUCUUGGCCUGGGCCGGCCGCGAUGCGACGCCCAUGUUCAAUAAGAUCCCGGGCCGGUUCCCCAGCAAGCAAUGGAUGGAGUUCUACAUGCGCCCCGAGUUCAAGACGGGCAAGGUGGGUCCUGAGGCACCGGUGGACGCCAUCAUCCGCGAGCUCAGGGAGCUGCACGACGAGCUGCGGCGCUUGGAGGGCCCGUCCAAGGAGGACAUCGAGGCGGCCAAGACGGCGGUGAAGGUGCCGGGCAAGACGGAUGCACCCACGCUGUCGGAGGAGAGCCGGUUCCCGAAGCUGGCAGAGAUCUCCGCGGGCAAGGACCUGCCCUUCUUCUCCCGCGCAGAGGUGGCGAAGCACAACACGGCGGAGGAGCCCUACAUGAUCAUCCACAACCGGGUCUACAACCUGAAGCCUCUGCUGGGCAGCCACCCGGGAGGUGACGACAUCCUGAUGUCCAAGGCGGGCACGGACUGCACCAAGGACUUCGAGGUCUUCGAGCACUCCGAGAAGGCCCGCGUGCAGAGGGACCGUGACAUGCUUGUGGGCCAGCUGGUGCCGGCAGAGAACACGGACUGGUCCGAGAGCGCCGCGGUGCAGCAGGUGGUCGGCGAGGAGACCUCCGAGCUUGCCCGGUACCUGAGGUACAAGGUCGCGGACUUUGCCACGGCUGGGCUGGCCUGGUACCUGUACAAGACCUUCCAGAACCGCAAGCCGCUGUCCCAGUUCACCUACAGCCGUGCCCUGAGGCACCUGCACCUCAUCAUGGCCGUGGGCAUCUUCGGCGCCGUGGGCACCGCGCAGGCCGCAUCCUACUCGGAGGGCCAGGCCAAGAAGCAGAUGCUCUGGUGGCACAAGCAGACCGGCAUCCUCAUGCUGGUGGCCCUCGUCUUCCGCGUGAUCUUCCGCAUGCAGAGCGGCAUCCCGCCGCGCUUCCCCGGCAACGCCCUGGUGCAGAUGAUCGAGACGCAGAGCCUCCGGGCCUUCUACGCCUUCGCCCUGCUGCUGCCCGUGUCCGGCAUCGCCAACGAGUACUUCCUCAAGUGGGCACCCGGCUCCGACAAGACCGGCAACGCAGAGGACGACCGCCGAAACGACCGCCUGGCCAAGCAGUCCAUCGACGCCCACAAGAUCCUGGGCAAGGCGCUGCAGUACGCCUGGCUGCCCUUCCACCUGGGCUACACCACGCUCUACCACUACAGCCAGGGCCGAGGCGUCGUCCGCAAGGGUGGAAGCUUGACCGACCGACAGCGAUGUGACAUGCUUUUCGGAGAGAUCAUGGCUGCCAUCGGCCAAGACGAGCAUCCCUCAAGCGUCCUCUGGAUUUCCAAGAGCAGGGCUGUCCCCGAAAGCAAGCAGCGAGUGCUCCACGAGCCGGGCACUUCUGCGAUCUCCAAGAACAUCCCGCUCUCGGUGAAUCGCCACUGCACGCCGGAGAACUGCUGGGUGGCGCUGAAUGGCAAGGUCUACGACCUGUCGGAGUUCAUGGACCGGCAUCCCGGCGGCCCCACGACCAUCCUCGCCUGGGCGGGGAAGGACGCCUCGAAGUUCUUCAAUGACAUCCACAAGGGCGUCAAGAUCGACGCCUACUUGCGGCCCGAGGCCUUCCUGGGCGACCUGGGCGUCGACGAGAACCUCAUGUCCGACGAGUUCUGGCACACGCUGCGCGAGGCCCGAAUCGUGGAGAUUCGGCAGGAGGUCGACCGCCUGCUGAACCAGUGCACCGAGACCCACAAGGCGGACAGCAUUCCAAAGCUCCUCCAGGACAAGAACAUCGACCCGCUGCUCAAAGCCAAGCUGCAGCGCCUUGAGACGCAGAAGCGCGCGGCGCUGGACGCUGAGGACUUCGCCAAAGCGGCCGAAGUGAAGAGGGCAGAGGAGGCGCUCCUGUCGCAUCAGGACCACGCGGACCAGCACGACGUGCCGCUGGGCUUCUCGAGCAGCGACAUCCCCCUGUCGGAGGUGGCGCGACACAACAAGCCGCACGACUGCUGGAUCGCCAUCAGCGGCGAGGUCUACGACCUCACCGACUUCCUGCAGCACCACCCCGAGCAGCGCAACUCCAUCUUGGCCUGGGCCGGCCGCGAUGCGACGCCCAUGUUCAAUAAGAUCCCGGGCCGGUUCCCCAGCAAGCAGUGGAUGGAGUUCUACAUGCGCCCCGAGUUCUCCACGGGCAAGGUGGGACCCGAGGCACCGGUGGACGCCAUCAUCCGCGAGCUCAGGGAGCUGCACGACGAGCUGCGGCGCCUGGAGGGCCCGUCCAAGGAGGACAUCGAGGCGGCGAAGACGGCGGUGAAGGUGCCGGGCAAGACGGACGCACCUACGCUGUCGGAGGAGAGCCGGUUCCCGAAGCUGGCGGAGAUCUCCGCAGGCAAGGACCUGCCCUUCUUCUCCCGCGCAGAGGUGGCGAAGCACAACACGGCGGAGGAGCCUUACAUGAUCAUCCACAACCGGGUCUACAACCUGAAGCCUUUGCUGGGCAGCCACCCGGGAGGUGACGACAUCCUGAUGUCCAAGGCGGGCACGGACUGCACCAAGGACUUCGAGGUGUUCGAGCACUCCGAGAAGGCCCGCGUGCAGAGGGACCGCGACAUGCUUGUGGGCCAGCUGGUGCCGGCAGAGAACACGGACUGGUCCGAGAGCGCCGUGGUGCAGCAGGUGGUCGGCGAGGAGACCUCCGAGCUUGCCCGGUACCUCAGGUACAAAGUCGCGGACUUUGCGACUGCUGGGCUGGCCUGGUACCUGUACAAGACCUUCCAGAACCGAAAGCCGCUGUCCCAGUUCACCUACAGCCGCGCCCUGAGGCACCUGCACCUCAUCAUGGCCGUCGGCAUCUUCGGCGCCGUGGGCACCGCGCAGGCCGCCUCCUACUCGGAGGGCCAGGCCAAGAAGCAGAUGCUCUGGUGGCACAAGCAGACCGGCAUCCUGAUGCUGGUGGCCCUCGUCUUCCGCGUGAUCUUCCGCAUGCAGAGCGGCAUCCCGCCGCGCUUCCCCGGCAACGCCCUGGUGCAGAUGAUCGAGACGCAGAGCCUCCGGGCCUUCUACGCCUUCGCCCUGCUGCUGCCCGUGUCAGGCAUCGCCAGCGAGUACUUCCUCAAGUGGGCGCCCGGCUCCGACAAGACCGGCAACGCAGAGGACGACCGCCGAAACGACCGCCUGGCCAAGCAGUCCAUCGACGCCCACAAGAUCCUCGGCAAGGCGCUGCAGUACGCCUGGCUGCCCUUCCACCUGGGCUACACCACGCUCUACCACUACAGCCAGGGCCGGGGCGUCGUCCGCAAGGUCUCCCCCUUCAUCUAG